CGUUACGGUUACCCGAGAAUUGUGACAAAGAGAGCUGUGUCAAGGAUUGGCAUGCCCGAAUAUCCAAUCCCAGACAACGCACCACCAGUGCUGGCCCCAACUUCAAAGAGUCUCAAUCUACCCGCACAGGCUCCCAAGAGAAGGAAGACGCUCGGAGUACGUAGAAGGAAACCCUAAAGGAACAGCAGUUAACGACAAAACUAAAUGUAUAGUUAAGAAAACUAAUAACUGCAAUGGAAAACAAUAAAAGUACCCGAUGUGAUGCGAGAUGAGGCAGGAUAAUCCGAGAGAAAACUUAACAAAGAAGGCAAACUCCCCCCGCGCUCUCCAGAGCAACAGAAAAACAAACAUCCGGCCUAGGCUUAGGACUUUAGUACCGUGAAGAACAGGUAGUCUUGACCAGGUCAGUGCGUUUGGGACUAGGCCAAAAAGGAUCAGCGGUGUAAAAAUAUUGCCAUGGAGGGAGACUUUGAGAGAAGGCAUCAACAACUUACAGGGACUCGACGGUAUAAGUUGCGAACCCGUGGUAACGUGAGACAGUUCGAUCUGCUGGUCAUGAAUGAAGGUCCAGAAACCUCACGGAUCAAACAGGAGCAGCAGCUUGUACAGAGGUAUCUUGAUAUACCCGGGCAUCUUCUGAAGAGGUCGAAAGUUAGUAAUAUAAAUGUCAAAGUUGGCUCAGGAAGCUUUGUUGUAUGGUUCCUCAUAUGGACAUACCUACCCAUAGUGACUGCUUGUGUUGCACCGUUGUCCAACAUGCUCAGUAUAGCAGCGCUGGUGACGCACUGGAGAGGUUCCGCUGACGGCCUGUACCAACAAGAUGAGGUGAUGGUGUACGUGUUGAACUCGGUAUCCCUUGCUUCUGGGUCAUUGGCCAACCUCUUUCUAAUCAUGAACUUUGGAAAGAGAAUCCAGUACAAGGUCUCUCAACCGUUGUCGAUCACGUUCUUCUUCAUCGCCAGUAUCAUAUUACUGAGUGCGCUGGUUGUUGCACAGAGGCAUUAUUACCAUGAUGAUCAUUACUACAAAACUGAAGGGUUUUGGUUUGCAGUAUUGACUUGUAUAUUGUACUUCCUGUGCUCUUUCACUUGUAUGGUCAACUUUCUGGGUUACUUCUUAAGCAAGUAUCCACCAGAUUUCAACCUUGAUAGGUCAGAGAGAGCACUAGUCGUCUACACUUUCCUGCUUGCCAUAUGGUUUGUAUGGGGGGCUGCGUUGUUUAACAAGCUGAUGUCGAUCAGUUAUGGUAACGCAAUGUACUUUUGCGUCGUGUCGGUGUUGACCCUUGGAUUCGGUGACAACGUACCAACAACUACAGUUGGCAAGGCACUGGCAUUGGUGUAUUCUUUAACUGGCCUUAUCAUAUUGGGGUUGAUCAUUGCAAUGAUACGUACCAUUGUGGUCCAGUCAGCAUCUCCAGUGAUGUUUUGGAAUGCCAUUGAAGAGAGAAGAGCUAAGUUAUUACAAAAAGUGCAAAAGGAACAUCUCACGAUGGAACCUGAAGAAGCAUUCGAUUUGAUGCGUUCAAUAAGGCGAAGAUCCAGGAAAUACAAGAGAAAUAUCAGCUCUCUAGGAUCACUGAUAGUCUUUGCGAUCUUUUGGCUGCUCGGAGCAAUGGUGUUCUACUUUACAGAGAAAUGGUCAUACUUCAAUGCCGUUUACUUUACUUUACUUUCCUUGAUGACUAUUGGAUACGGUGAUUAUACACCAAAAAGUGCAGCAGGAAGAUGCUUCUUUAUAUUGUGGGCAUUACUGGCUGUUCCAAUGAUGACGGCAUUGAUCUCCAGUGUUGGUGAUACUCUGUACCAUUGGGCAAUGAUGAGUGCUUCAUCCCGGCUGAUAAGGUUCUUAUUCAGGAAGACAAAGCCGACUGUCCAAAAUACCAUUUCAUUCCCAGGGGAUGAAGAGGAUUUCGACGAUGAAGAGAGUGAUGAUGAUAAUGACAACGAGACAAGAAGUGUCGACGAAAUCAUUCAACAAGCCAAGUACAGGAAAAGAAAAAUUGCACAGACAAACACACUUGUUAAAACACUUGGUAAAUUGAUGCGUGAGGCAAGAGACUCUCCUAAGAAGAAGUACACAUUCGAUGAUUGGAACUCUCUGAUACAGAGCUUUGACGAUACAGAAGCACAGGUUGUAGGAGCCGACAAGCCGGACUUUUGGAUAUCAGACAAUUCACCUUUACGUUAUCCCAUUGAUGAGCCAAGUUACCUCACAUAUAUGUUGUUUGAUAAACUACAAACAUACACUGAGCUGAGACUAUUGGAACUGGAGGAAGAAUUACAAGCACUGAUUUCAUCUCGAGCGAACUCGAUCUCGGACAAUGUGGGCGACUCGUCGAGUGAUACGCAGACCCAGUGCUCUAUUAAAUAAUGAAUUGAUGAACUGUUUAAUAUUUUU